GCAGCUCGGCGGUCCGAGGGCAGGCGCCGGGGGCGGUGGGGAACCCCGGACGCAGCCCGGUCUAGAGGGAUCCCCGCGCCUAGCGAGCCGCCCCCGUGGGCUGGCAGGCGCCAGCGCUCCGCCGGCCACCGGCUCCCGCGGCCCCGUCGUCCGCUCGCCAUGCAGCCGCCGCCGGCCCGGCGCGCGUAGGCGCCCGCCUCAGGCCAUGCUGCCCCUGCUCGCCGCGCUGCUGGCCGCCGCCUGCCCGCUGCCGCCCGCCCUCGGCGGGGCCGCGGACGCGCCGGACCUUCUCGGGGCUGCCCCCAACGCUUCGGUCAACGCGUCGUCCGCAGACGAGCCGACCGCCCCGCGGCUGCUGGCCUCGGUGGCUCCCGGGCCCCCAGAGCGCCCGGGCCCGGAGGAGGCGCCCGCGGCGGCCCCGUGCAACAUCAGCGUGCAGCGGCAGAUGCUGAGCUCGCUGCUGGUGCGCUGGGGCCGCCCGCGGGGCUUCCAGUGCGACCUGCUGCUCUUCUCCACCAACGCGCACGGCCGCGCCUUCUUCGCCGCCGCCUUCCACCGCGUGGGGCCGCCGCUGCUCAUCGAGCACCUGGGGCUGGCGGCGGGCGGCGCGCAGCAGGACCUGCGCCUCUGCGUAGGCUGCGGCUGGGUGCGCGGCCGCCGCCCGGGUCGCCUCCGGCCCGCCGGCGCCACCGCCACCGCCACCGCCGGGGCACCCACCGCGCUGCCCGCCUACCCCGCGGCCGAGCCGCCGGGGCCGCUGUGGCUGCAGGGCGAGCCGCUGCAUUUCUGCUGCCUGGACUUCAGCCUGGAGGAGCUACAGGGCGAGCCGGGCUGGAGGCUGAACCGCAAGCCCAUCGAGUCCACGCUGGUGGCCUGCUUCAUGACCCUGGUCAUCGUCGUGUGGAGCGUGGCCGCCCUCAUCUGGCCGGUGCCCAUCAUCGCCGGCUUCUUGCCCAACGGCAUGGAGCAGCGCCGGACCACUGCCAGCGCCACCGCGGCCACCCCCGCCGCAGUGCCGGCGGGGACCACCGCCGCUGCUGCCGCCGCCGCCGCUGCCGCCGCCGCCGCGGCCGUCACCUCGGGGGUGGUGACCAAGUGACAGCUCCGCUCCUCCCUGCGUCCGUCCUGUGUUUGCGCUCGCGGGUGCCUUUCCCUCCGGGACACUCGGCCGGUGUGCUUCGUGCUGUAGUUACCGUUAGUUGUUCUUCCCGGGUUGAGACCGCCGAGAGGCCCCGCGGUGCGUGACAAGGAAGGUUUGUGCUGCGCUCCCAGUUUCCCAGAGCGGUCUGCGAGCCCUGGGUCGAGGGUGGGAUCCGCAGCUCGGAAGACCGAGAGAAGGGGAAUGGGGCUCUUUCCCCUCUGUUGCAUCCCCUGCCCGCCUCCCUCCCCACACCCACGUGCCCUAUAUUAAUGGCAGAAAAUGACCAAAUCCUGUGUAUUUGUUUUAUAUAUUUAAUAACUGUUUUAAAUGAAAGUUUUAGUAAAAAAAUACAAAACAAAAAUAUUAAAUUGCUAUUGCUGUAGUAAGAGAAGCUCUUUGUAUCCAACAUAGUUGUAUUUGAAGUUUGUUGUUUUUUAAUUUAUUUUAAAAGGGGGGGAUUUAACACCGAUUUGUUGUUACUGCUGAAAAUGAACUUUAUGAACCUUUUCCAAGUUGAUCUAUCCAGUGACGUGGCCUGAUGGGCAUUUCUUGUAUUUAUGUGGGGGGGGUUUGGCUUUUAAUACAGACAUUUUCCUCCA